AUGGCGGCGCCCUUGCGCAAGUGCUGAGAAAGUGUCUCUACAGAGAAACAGUGAGAAAUAUCAGGUUUGUUGCACAUUUUUAGUGUCAUCUGAUUGUGAAAGGUGAUAGCAGGUGCACAAAACGAGAUCCACGACCGAGCCAUCGAUUGCAAUAACAGCGCUUGGCGUGGCUCUGGCAGAACGUCCGUGCGAAGAUGGGCCUCCAUCCGAGCCCCUACCCCUAGCGAAAAGUGGACGGGGGGAGAACAAUCGCAGAUUUCCCUGCAAACACAUCCCGGUCGAACUUGGACUUGACGGCUUUCACUUUUUGCAGAAAUUGUGGACGCUGCCAUAUAACUUGCUAACGGGAGUUAUCUGCGCGACCGCCUCUGUCAUCGUUCGGAGAAGCAGGAGUUCCCCAGCUCGUGGUGUGCAGAUAACAGCCGCGCCAAGGGCCCUGAUGAAAAUGGACACGGAGCUACUCCACUCCCCUGUAGUGGGACUGGCGGAGGAGGAGGAGGCCGACAUGAGCGACUGGAACCUGCCGCUGGCCUUCAUGAAGAAGCGCCACUCGGAGAAGAUUGAGGGCUCCAAGGCGUUGGCACAGAGCUGGAGGAUGAAGGACAGGAUGAAGACGGUGAGUGUGGCCCUGGUGCUUUGUCUCAACGUGGGAGUGGACCCCCCAGACGUGGUCAAGACCUCGCCCUGCGCCAGGCUGGAGUGCUGGAUCGACCCAUUGUCCAUGAGUCCACAGAAGGCCCUUGAAACCAUCGGGGCCAACCUCCAGAAGCAAUACGAGAACUGGCAGCCUCGGGCGCGCUACAAGCAGAGUCUGGACCCCACGGUGGACGAAGUGAAGAAGCUGUGUACGUCGCUGCGGCGCAACGCCAAGGAGGAGCGCGUGCUCUUCCACUACAACGGCCACGGCGUGCCCCGGCCCACCGUCAACGGGGAGAUCUGGGUCUUCAACAAGAACUACACGCAGUACAUCCCCCUCUCCAUAUACGACCUGCAGACCUGGAUGGGCAGCCCCUCCAUCUUUGUGUACGACUGCUCCAACGCCGGCAUCAUCGUCAAGUCCUUCAAACAGUUCGCCCUGCAGAGGGAGCAGGAGCUGGAGGUGGCGGCCAUCAACCCAAACCACCCUCUGGCUCAGAUGCCUCUGCCCCCCUCCAUGAAAAAUUGCAUCCAGCUGGCAGCGUGUGAGGCCACUGAGCUGCUGCCCAUGAACCCUGACCUCCCCGCUGACCUCUUCACCUCCUGCCUCACCACGCCCAUCAAGAUCGCCCUGCGCUGGUUCUGCAUGCAGAAGAGUGCCAAGCUCGUGCCAGGGGUGACGCUGGACCUGAUUGAGAAAAUACCUGGCAGGCUGAAUGACAGACGAACGCCACUCGGAGAGCUGAACUGGAUCUUCACGGCGAUCACAGACACCAUCGCAUGGAACGUUCUGCCCAGAGACCUCUUUCAGAAGCUCUUCCGGCAGGACCUGCUGGUGGCCAGCUUGUUCCGUAACUUCCUGUUGGCCGAGAGGAUAAUGAGGUCCUACAACUGCACGCCAGUCAGCAGCCCAAGGCUCCCGCCAACCUACAUGCAUGCUAUGUGGCAGGCCUGGGACCUGGCGGUGGACAUCUGCCUCUCGCAGCUCCCCACCAUCAUCGAGGAGGGCACCGCCUUCAGGCACAGUCCCUUCUUCGCUGAGCAGCUGACGGCCUUCCAGGUGUGGCUCACCAUGGGCGUGGAGAACAGGAACCCCCCGGAGCAGCUCCCCAUCGUCCUGCAGGUCCUCCUGAGCCAGGUGCACCGCCUCCGAGCGCUGGACCUCCUCGGCCGUUUCCUGGACCUGGGACCAUGGGCCGUCAGUUUGGCCCUGUCGGUGGGGAUCUUCCCCUACGUGCUGAAGCUGCUGCAGAGCUCGGCGCGGGAGCUUCGUCCACUGCUGGUCUUCAUCUGGGCCAAGAUCCUGGCCGUGGACAGCUCCUGCCAAGCUGACCUUGUGAAGGACAACGGGCACAAGUACUUCCUGUCCGUACUGGCUGACCCCUAUAUGCCUGCGGAGCACCGGACCAUGGCUGUGUUCAUUCUGGCCGUCAUAGUCAAUAACUACAACACAGGCCAGGAGGCCUGUCUCCAGGGCAACCUGAUUGCCAUUUGCCUGGAGCAGCUGAACGACCCGCACCCGUUGCUGCGCCAGUGGGUGGCCAUCUGCCUGGGCCGCAUCUGGCAGAACUUCGACUCGGCGCGCUGGUGCGGCGUCAGGGACAGCGCGCACGAGAAGCUCUACAGCCUGCUCUCCGACCCCAUCCCCGAGGUGCGCUGCGCGGCCGUCUUCGCUCUGGGGACCUUCGUGGGCAACUCAGCCGAGCGGACGGAUCACUCGACCACCAUCGACCACAACGUGGCCAUGAUGCUGGCACAGCUCAUCAACGAUGGCAGCCCGGUGGUCCGCAAGGAGCUGGUGGUGGCGCUGAGUCACCUGGUGGUCCAGUACGAGAGCAACUUCUGCACUGUGGCCCUCCAGUUCAUGGAGGAGGAGAAGAGCUACGCGGUGCCCUCGCCCGCCAACACUACAGAGCCGGGGAAUCUGACCCCAGUGAAGGACAGCCCGGCCAUCCCCCGCCUGCGCUCGGUCAACUCCUACACCAACAUCCGUGCCGCCACCACCGCACGCAACCUCAACAAGAGCCUCCAGAACCUCAACCUCAACGAAGAAGGUGGUCCGGUGGUCUUCUCCCCGGGGAACUUGAGCACCAGCAGCAGCGCCAGCAGCACGUUGGGCAGCCCGGACAACGACGAGUACAUCCUGUCCUUCGAGACCAUCGACAAGAUGAGGAGGGUCAGCUCCUACUCCUCCCUCAACUCCCUCAUCGGUGUGUCGUUCAACAGCGUCUACACCCAGAUCUGGAGGGUCCUCUUGCACUUAGCGGCCGACCCCUUCCCCGAGGUGUCCGACCUGGCCAUGAAGGUCCUCAACAGCAUCGCAUACAAGGCUACCAUGAACGCCCGGUCGCAGAGGAUCCUGGACUGCGGCUCGUCCACACAGUCGGCCCCAGCCAGCCCCACCAGCAAAGGCACGCACAUACACCAGGCUGGUGCGCCCCACAGAUCCAAACGCUGUUCAUCUCCUUCCAGUGGCUCCCCACCCAUGCCCAGUGCCAGCAGCUCCAGCCUGACCAAUGAGGUGCCCAAGCCCCCCGCCCGCGACGCACCCCCUGCCCGGCCCCCCUACACGCCGACACUGGGGGGCCAGGCUCCCCACUCGCACCAGUUCCCCCGUACCCGCAAGAUGUUUGAUAAAGGGCCCGACCAGGCGGCGGAGGAUGGAGACGACCCGACCCCACACAGAAACUACAUCAGCACCACCAUGCAGACAGGCCUGUGUGACUGGAGCGCCAAGUACUUCGCUCAGCCCGUCAUGAAGAUUCCAGAGGAGCACGACGUGGAGAGUCAGGUGCGGAAGGAGCGGGAAUGGCGUUUCCUGCGGAAUGCUCGCGUGCGGAGGCAGAGCCAGCGCAUCACGCAACGGGGUGUGUCUCGGCUAGACGACCAGAUCUUCAUCAACCGGAACCCUGGCGUUCCGUCAGUGGUCAAGUUCCACCCCUUCAACCCCUGCAUCGCUGUGGCCGAUAAGGACAGCAUAUGCUUUUGGGACUGGGAGAAGGGAGAGAGGCUUGAUUACUUCUACAACGGCAACCCUCGCUACACACGCAUCACAGCCAUGGAGUAUCUGAAUGGACACGACUGCUCACUCCUGCUCACAGCAACCGAUGACGGAGCCUUGAGAAUCUGGAAGAACUUUGCCGACCAGCGGAACCCAGAGAUGGUGACAGCCUGGCAGGGUCUAUCUGACAUGCUACCCACUACAAGAGUGGGAGUUGCUGGACAUCAGGGAACUGGUCUAGCGCGACGUGUCUCCAUCUAUCUUGACAGGAGUAAGCAGGGAGGUGCUGGCAUGGUGGUGGACUGGGAGCAAGAGACGGGUCUGCUGAUGACGUCAGGAGACGUGCGCAUCAUCAGGAUCUGGGACACCGAGAGGGAGACGAAGGUUCAGGACAUCCCAACCGGAGCGGACAGCUGUGUGACCAGCUUGUCGUGUGACCCCCAGCGCUCCCUCAUCGUGGCUGGCCUGGGCGACGGUUCAGUGAGAGUGUACGACCGGCGAAUGGCUCCCAACGAGUGUCGAGUGAUGACGUAUCGGGAACAUGGUGCCUGGGUGGUCAAGGCCCAUCUACAGAGGGAGACGGAUGGCCACAUCAUCAGUGUUAGUGUAAACGGAGACGUACGUUUCUUCGAGACGCGUGUACCAGAAUCUGUGAACGUGCUGCAAACAGUGAAGGGUCUGACCGCGCUGGACAUUCAUCCACAGGCCAACCUGUUUGCUUGUGGCUCCAUGAACCAGUUCAUAGCCGUGUACAACUCCAACGGCGACGUCAUCAGCAACAUCAAGUACUACGACGGCUUCAUGGGCCAGAGGAUCGGGGCCAUCAGCUGCCUGGCCUUCCACCCCUAUUGGCCCCACUUGGCCGUGGGCAGUAACGACUACUACAUGUCCAUCUACUCGGCCGAGAAAAGGCUCAGAUAACACCGCGGCAACACCCAGGCCCCCUCCCAGAUGCUGAGAACACACAUACACCACCACCACCACCCUUCUACCCUGGAGCCAGGAUGUAAAUGACUUCUGAUGUACAUAUGCAAAACUACCACCCUGAAUGUCCAGUGAUGGCUGCUCUAUCUCUCUCAUGUGAUGACGACCUAUAUUAUUAUUAUUAUUAUUAUUAUUGUUAUUAUUAUGAUCGUUACUACUAAGCAUUAUUUUGGAGCUAAUGAUUGUAGACUUUGGCUGUGCUGAAGAGUGUACAUUGAAUUUGCAUAAUAUAAUGUUGAAAGAGCUAGAGGUUCUAUUUUAAAAGGUACAACCUGCGUGUGAGGGGGGUCUGAGCGCAGACUCACCUCCGCCAGUGUUCCGGCCUGUUUGAUUUGAACUCUGACCCUGCUUGAACCCGUGACCUGUGUGGUGAAAAGGGGGUGUGAAGGAGAGCAAAAGAAACGGACAUAAAAAGAAAAAACGGAGGCGUGAAGAGGUGGAAUGGAGCUGUGAGAGACUCCAGGGCGAGACCGGGUGGAUGGCCGCUGAUGUGCCUGAGUGCUCAAGGUGUGGCCUGCCUACCUGGCCUGCUGCUGCUGCCGCUGCUGCUGCUGCUGUGGAAGAUGGAGGCCACCUGUGUUUCAGGUGGUGGUUGUACACACACACACACACACACACACACACACACACACACACACACACACACACACACACCCACCUAUGAUGGGUCCCAAAGCCCUAUCAAUCAUCAAACCUCCUGUCUGUUUACACACACACUUGGUCACAUCUCACUCACAGACAGAGACAGACAGACAGACAAACACACACACAUUCACUCUUCCACACACACAGGCACUCUCUCUCUCACACUCACACACAGUGCCAAACCAAGCAUCUCCCCACCCCUCCCUCUUCACCACCUCGGCUCUUUGAUGCAUAGGGCCGCUCGUCCUGAGGUGGACCUGCCCGCUGUUACCCUCCGAAGCCUCCGUGGAGGCUGGGGGUCACUACCUAUCUUCCUGUGUGCCCUGCUAAGCAAUAAGGACCCCAGGGUUGAGACUGACACGCUUCAACUGGAGCACCUCACUUUAAAAAUCAAAAUGGACUUGGGCCUGACAGAGGACUCUGACAAUAGCACCCACUGCAUCAUAGCUGUGAAGAUCACAAGCUUUGAUCUCUUUUUUUUUUUUUUUUUAUGAUCCUGCUGGUCAUAGCGCAUUUUGUUAGAAUCCAAGCUGUGGCUGUGUUUUGGCAUGACGUUCACUGCUGACCACGUGGUCUGCUUUUGUCUGACUGACUGAGGGACCGACUGAUGUGGCCUGUUUUUGGGUCGUCCAAUGGCUGGUCAGGACUGCUAGAAGAUCCGAAGGCCGACCAGCUGACACACAAUAAGCACCAGGACCAUGCAGCCUCAUAACCUGUCCCUAUCCCCCCCCCUUACAACCAAGGGGUGAUGAACUCUGGACUCACAGCUCACAGCCACACCAGCCUUUUAGCUCGACCCCAGCUUUUGUGCCAACAGCCCCCGUCAUCUUCUCAUUAUUUUGGCCCUGCAGGCCGCAAGGGGAUCAUGGGAAACGCAGUUUCCCUUCAGCUUCCCCACCCUCAGCUCUCUCUGCGUUCAUCUAGAUCUAAUUAUCCUCCGUUCUCUUUGUUUCUUUUGAAUUUUAUUUAAAAGUUUACUUUUACUUUUGGUUUCAUUUUAAAUCUUGAUUUUAUUGGGGACUCGGGGACUCAUUGUGUGCUCCUGGUUAGACAUCAUUAAACAGGGUGAUGCCAGAUGUCCGUAGACUGAGGAGAGAGGCGUUUGUGGAGAGGAGGCCGUUAGCCUCAGACCUCUUUGCCCUCUCUGGCUGCCUUACGCAUAGCUGAUUGCUACUUCAUGGCUUCGUAGCUGUUGAUUGACCGUUUCUUGUGACACACUAGAACCAGAGUGCCAUCUAUUGUACACGUAUUCACCGACCACACUGACCAUUUGCAUGUUCCGCACCUGCUGCUUUUCGUCCUCUCAGACCACCCUCCAUGUUUCAGUGCACCAUACACAUAAUUGUUCACUUCUAUAGCUCGUUUUGGGUGCUCAAUUGUAAUCAACAGAACCAGCAACGGCCCAGACAAAAGGGAUGCAUUAAUAAAAUCACUGGGAGAACAGUGUAUUCAUUGCUAUCCAAGUUCUUUUGAAAAAAGGCUGUGUCAAAUUUAAUGUUUUUUUAGGCCUGAGGGUCGGCUCUCUGCUCCCCUCACAGUAAAUAUUUCUUUACACCGAGGAACUGCUUUCUAAUUCUUAAAAUGCCUCCCUCCAGGGAGUGACAAUUCUUAAACAAGCUUAUCAAUUCUUGACUUACUUCCCAGAGUCCUCUGAUGAAAUUAUUGUAAAGAUGGUCAUCUAGAAGAGCCGCCAAGUCUCUUUGGUAAUGAAAUGUGGCAUAUCUGGUUGGAACGGUGCCGCCACCACAUAAUAAAGGUUAGACUAUGCUCCAAUGAUAAAAGUAUAAUAGGACCCAAGCACUUGUACAGUGAAAUUAUUUUCUCUUUUUUGUGCGUCACUUUCCCCCUCUCCCCCCAUACUCAAUAUAUAUAUAAUUUUAUUUUUGUCCUUUUUUCAUACCCUUGAGGGUAUAUUGUAAUUUGCUUUCUCUCAUUGUGGGUUUGUGUUUUAAUUCUAUGGUCUUUUUUGCUUGUCUCCUGCCUUGGCGUUUUUGUGAUGAGGGGGGUGGUUUGGAAUGAAGUAAUUGCAUCACACACCACUUGAGUUAUUCCCUGGCUUAACCCUGUCAUGAAAUUGAAGCCCUUACUUUUGCCACUUUAUCUUGCUUGACUCCUGAGGAUAAAGAUGAAGAAUGGACAGAAACACUUGCCUUGUAGGCAAAACUGGCAAACACUUGACUGUGUAGUAGUCACAGUCCUACCCCAACCAAUGCUCUCUGGACUGUCUCCCCCUGGGGUAGUGGAGGAGGUACUGCAGUUUUCACCGCUUCACAGUCACCCUGCUGAGACAUCUCUAAUAUCCUGCUCUGCGUUUUAACAUUUUAGAUAAAAAAAGAAGAAACUAGUAGAACGAGUUUGAAGAGAAAAAACAAAACAAUCAGGAGUUUUCUGUGAUAGGCUAUUUGCUGACUGUGGUCUACAAGACAGGGGAAGAAAUCCUUGAAAUAAACCAAAUACACAA